CUACUUAAGAAAGAUACAAUUAAUGGUCUUCAGAAUUAAUUGAGUAUUUUAGCAACACGCACACACUUCUUCGCUGUCACAUCAACACGCGUUGUCGAACUGUGUAAAAAAAGUUUCUCCCGGAUCAGGUCGGGCAAAUUUUAUAAUGACUCGUCCAGUUACGAAACUGGAACCGGAAGACGAAGGCUUCGAAGAAGGAUAUAUGAGGACACAGGCUGGAGGAAAAAUCCGAAGAAACUUUUUCUUCCGGAGGCAGAACCAAUGCAAGGAAAAGCAUCACUACCCGCCGACCGGUUUGGCAGUGAUGCAGCAGCAGGCUGCAGUUCGUAAGUGCUGCAGCGAUGGAACAUCCGGAAGCUGUUCCUGCAAACAUCCGCGGAAGGGCAUCAUUCCGGCCAAGACGAAGCUUGCCAUCGUGCCUACUCCAGUCAUGCAACACUGUUAUGCAGCAGUCGGAGAUGGUCGACUACUACAGCAUCCGGAAGCAGAAAGUGAUUAA